UUCUCAACCGACCCUCAAGCACGAUGCAGCUCCUCGCCCUUAGCGCCCUCAUUGUUGCGGCUGCGGCGCAGACGUCCAACAGCACGAGCAGCUGCCCGCUGCAAUUCACGAGCUCAUGCGCAUCGUCGUCGCAGUGCGGCAAACUCAAUGGUUUCCAGCUUGAGUGCCAAGUGUACGGCUCGGUGAAGCAGUGCAUUUGCUCCAAGGCCGACGCCAACUGCCAGAACGCGACCAACAUCCCGGAUACGGUGCCGCAAUUUGGCGUGUGCACGGGCGGGAAGCAGUGCGCUGGCACGGGCUUCAAGGCGCUCGACACGCCCGUGCGCGUCUGCAGCGAGCCGCUGGUAUGCGUGCCUCAGAUCACGGCCGGCAACGAAGUCCAGUCGAUCUGUCACACGUGCAACAGCUGCAAGCAGCAAAACAAACCCGACUCGACCGGCAAGCUCGUCUUCAACUGCACGGCUAUCUGCCCAGCCGGCCAGGGCGACCCGGAGAUCACGAUUGCUCCGACGACGUCGCCGACGACGGCCUCCAAGAACAAGACCGCGUCGGGCAGCAACGCAGUCGGGGACUCGGGCACCAACAAGCCGUCCGCCGCCUCCAAGAUCGUUGCCAGCGUCGCGUCGCUCGUCCUUGUUGGGCUCGCGGUGCUUUUGUAAAUCUCGACCCUCUUUAUAUAUCAACAACCCUUCUUUAAUACGUAAUACAUACGACGUUGCGAGUACGUCUGUCCAUGAAUUGGCGACUACUUGCACGCCCAAGUUGCCCAA